GCCCGCGCGCUUCGCCUCCCUUCCCCAUGGCCGCCUCUGUGAACAGCCAUCACAGCAACAAAUAUUUCACUGAGUACUCGCAUGUUCACACCACUUGGAGCCAGCUGUCGCCCGUUUUCAAUGAUUUCAAAACCUACGUGGAUCAAGCUUGUAGAGCUGCAGAUGAAUUUGUCAACAUCUAUUACGAGACAAUGGAUAAAAGAAGAAGGGCUUUAACAAGACUUUAUUUGGACAAAGCAACGUUAGUUUGGAAUGGUAAUGCAGUGUCCGGGCAAGAAGAACUGAAUAAAUUUUUUGAAAUGUUGCCAUCUAGUGAAUUCCAGGUUAAUAUGUUGGACUGCCAGCCCGUUCACGAGCAAGCUACUCAAGGCCAGACAACAGUCCUCGUGGUGACAAGUGGGACAGUAAAAUUUGAUGGUGACAAGCAGCGCUACUUCAAUCAGAACUUCUUGCUGACAGCACAAGCCACACCUACCAACACAGUGUGGAAGAUCGCCAGUGACUGUUUCCGCUUUCAGGACUGGGCCAGUUAGUGAGGAUUGCCUACGGGAAGUGACCUCUCUCAUUCGACAUGUUGAAGUUAGCUGUACGGACAGCCGUUCUCCACGUAUGGGAAACGCUAACUCUUCGUGUUGCAGCUGUCAUUCUGGAAGGUCUACAGACGUUUCGGAGUUGAUCCCAAUGACCAUGGGUUUAGUAGUAAACAAUCAUAAAACGUGAGAGGUUGCUUGUGUUAGUUGAACGUAAUAAAAUGCUCAAGGCAGUGAGGUGUGUUGGAAUCAUUCCUAAAAUGCCUUAUAAGCAGCUAUGCUGCCACUUCCAGACUUCUUGUGUGUAAUGCUGAAACUCUACUAUUUGAACACAAAAUCCUCUUAAUGUACAAUUCUGACCAAACAUGUAAUUUUUUCAACUUGAAAAGAUCUGAUUUUACAGUAGCAUCUUCCCUCUUUUGGAGAAGAUGCUCGUGACGUGUAGAUAGAGUUCUUAAAGCUACCUACUCUUGGUUGUAAGAGGCUAGGAAGGAUUGACAAUGAUUUCUACUGUUUGUGAAAGUAGCAAAUACAGCUCCUCAGUGUGUAAUCUCUCAAAUAAUCCAUUGGAAAGCUAAUGUUACCGUCUCUGAUAUGAAAGGACUAAAUAGUCUCAUCAGGUUUCCUUUUGGCUUAAGCUUCUCAGCCUUUGGUUGUAGUUAAUUUGCAUUGAUCCAUACGUAGGACAUGCUGAAUGAUUCAGAGCUCCUGUGCCAACAGUUCUUCUCUCAUGCACCUGAAGGACUUCAAACUGAUUAUUUUUCUUUUGAAGUCUUACAGUGUAAGAAAUAGGUCAGUUACAUUGUUUCUGUUUGCUUUAACUGUAAAUUCUGUUGCCAUGCAGUUUGGACUAUUUUUCCCAUAUUCAGUCUGCAGGUUUUGAUUCCCUACUGUCUUUUCAGGAAACACUAUAGUAAAAAAGUGGCACUGAAAGUGUGCAUUACUGUGAAGCCUUCAAUUUUUCUCUUCAGUACUGUUAUUCAGAGCAGGUGCUUUGAUUAUUUUCAACUUAGAAGAACAGCUCUGAACACAAAUACCAUCCUCCUCUCGUGCAGAUUUUUGCUGUAGUUUUCAUGUUCUUUUUAAAUAUUGCCUUUAAUUAUUGAUUCUGGGGGUUUUGUGUGUCUUUAAAUUUGCAGUUUAAAGCUUUCAGCUGCUUUAAAAUAGUUUUCAAGACUGCAGGUUAAGACUGUCCAUCUUAACUUGGGAACUUAAGAGUAAAUCUGAAUAUCAGCAGAUUUGUUUCAAACUGGUACAUUUAUUUGAAGCUGAGUAAAAAAAUAUAUCAAAGUUUAGCUAUAUAUGUGAGAGUGUAGUUGCUUGUAACUGAAAAUACAUGAGGGGAACUUGUAACGCUGAUCUUAAUAUGUGUUGCAAAGACAGCAGCAACCUGAAUACAAAACCAGUUACGAUUGUAGCUCACUUGUUUUUAUGACUUAAAUCAGGAAAACUGUGAAAAUGAACAAUGUCUAACUUGUGUAAAACAUCUUAAAAAAUCUGUAGUUUGCGGUAUAAUCCCACAAAUAAUGGGAUGUUUAAGUGGAAUGGGUAAUUUUAUUUCCUUUUAAGGCACUCUAGUCUUUACAUCAGUAAGUUAGAAUUAGUAACCUGUCUCUAUUCAGAAGCUGUUUAUGUUCUGAACUAUUGUGUAACUGUUUUUCAGCCUGAAGAAUAUGAAUUCCUGCAAAACAAUGCAAGAAGUCCAGAAUUUUUGAAAACUGUAACUACAUUGUUAUUUCUGUAUGUAGUGAAGAAGGAGUCGCUCUAUUUAAUUACUGUUUGUUCUUAACAGAAUAUGCGAGGUUCAUAUAUUUGUAUUUCUUCUAGAAGUUUGAAAAGAAAACUUAACCCUAAAUUUGCCUGUUAACUGAUACAGCAUUGUUGAACUGUGACAGUGGCAUGGUGUGCUCUUCUGUUUUUUUUAAUUUGCUGUUGAUGAUAUAAGUAGUGUUACAGAUCUGCUUUGCAUACACAAAACAGGUUUUGACUUUUGAAAUGUAGUAAUGGGUGCAACUGUAGCAUUUGCUUGUUGAACUUUGAAGGCAGUCACCAGAAGACACACUUUUAUCUGUACCUGAUAAGCUUGUCCUGGAAAUAAAUACUUAUCAGGUAUUUUUAUUCAAGUUUUAAUUUGUAUAGUAGUUUUUAAGCUUUUUCUAGGCAGAUUGGGAAAUUUAGAAUAUAUGAGGCAAUGAUUCAAUCAAAUGUUAUUCUUCUCAGUUAUUUUCAUGUUAUUCAAAUGCAGGCUGCUUUUAAAUCUGACUUCUGCAAUUAAUAUUAAAAAACCCCAAACAAACAAAAAAAAGCCACCACUACCUGGAACAUUACUUAGGAAGCUUACUAUCUGGCCUAGCUGGACAAACACAGUUUAAACUCUUACUUAGUAAGAUGUAUAGUUGGAAUUGGACUUGGUGUGCAUACAGGGUUUUUUGGAGAGAAGUUAGCAGAAGAGAACCUAGAAAUGCUUUUUAUUCUGUUCAGUACAAAACCAUCCGGAUGGUUUAGUGUUCCUUGUUGCUGAUUCUGCUCUAAUAUCUGAAAUUUACAACAGGUGUCUAUAAAGUGAACAUGUUUAUGCUCUAAACUGUAAAUGGGAGUUAAUACUACCAUUUUUUGCUGUUUGAUACCAAGUUACUAACGUACAACUGGUUGGUGAAACAAAGCCAGCUGAAGAGCUAAGCACUUCCACAUAAUAAAUUGUGGCUACUGAAGACUUGAUAGAUCUUCUCUUUUGUGUAUAUUCCCUGUAUUGUCUGUCUUAGUCACUGUGUUUAUGUUGCUUUGUUCUUUUGGCAUACUACAGUUAAAUUGACUUAAAAUACUUGUGCUGUUCCUUGGACUGGAGAAAAGUGACUUGUUCAGAUGGUAUGAAUGAUUUGUUCUGAUAGUUUUGAUAUGCAUAUGCUUCCUUAUCCUGCUUGGAGAAAAGCACGUUAUAAAUAAAUACUGUUUUAUCAGUAAAGUAA